AUGGAGGAGGUGGAGAUGGAGGUGGACGCUGUUAAGUGCAGCGACCAGCUGACGAGAUUGCGUCAGCAGUGGCAGGGGGACCGCACUGCACAGCUACACGCGAUGAUGUCCGAGUGCUUCAGAAAGGAGCCGAUACAGUCAGGCAAGAGGUUUAGCAGUGAAACGGAGGAGACGGUUGUGCAGGAGACAAGUUAUGAAGAAUCCCCAAAGAGGAAAAAGAAGGCAACGCAUCAAAAUGAAGUGACGUCACCAUCAGCUGAUGCAACGCGAGCUGAAACUCCGCUGUCUCCUGAACCAGCUUUAGUACCAAAUGUACCUCCAGCUCCGACUGUCUGUCAACACGAAGUCCCAGAGCUAUUAGAGCAGCCAGAUUCCGUCUCUCCGCAGCCGGCAGAGCAGGAAACGCCGUCCGUUCGUAAAGGUGAAGUCCAAGCUGUUGACGUGGAAGAGUUCCCCCAACAGGAUAGGAUCAUGCGUGCUCUUGAGAAGCGGUCCGAACAACUUGGUAGAUUGGCACAAUCUCACAGACAACUUGCCGAUGUAUCGCAUAAACUCUUGGAGGCUCUGCUCGAUCAGCAGGGCAAAAUUUUGAGAAAGACAUUGAUUGGCUCAAUUCACUCAGUCACCGCGAUCGCAGCACUCGUCGCCAUGUUCAAGCGCUUCAGUGUCGACGAGCACGUGAGCACCAGCAGCAAGGUCAAGUCCUCGCAGCAGCGCAGCAUCCGCUCCAAGGUGCUGGAGCAGUACCCGGACUUGGAGUCCUAUGCCGAGAUGUUUAUGCCCAAGAAGGCGCCAAUGGUUGUUGCCAAAUGCCACAACCACAUCCAGAUCGUGUUGCACGAAGGCGAGCCUCUCUUCUUUAACCAGCGUGAUGGUCCCUUCAUGCCCACGCUCAAGCUGCUGCACAAGAUGCCGCACGUUAUGAAGCAAGUGCGAGCCGACAAGGGUGCGAUCCCCUUCGUGCUCUCGGGGGCCAACGUCAUGUGCCCCGGUCUCACCUCGGCUGGUGGUGAUAUGCCUGAGCCACUGGAGGCUGGUACCCCUGUCGCAAUUAUGGCGGAGGGUAAGGAACACGCCAUGGCCAUUGGUAUCCUCUCCAUGUCUACCGACGACAUUCGCAACAAGAGCAAGGGAGUGGCUAUCGAGAUGGUACACUUCCUUGGUGACGACCUCUGGACGUGCUCGCACAUCGACUAG